AUGCGGCCGCGGCGCUGGCAGCUGUGCGCCGCGCUGGGCUGCGCCGGCUGGCUGUCGCUGGCGCUGCUCGCGCUGCUGCCCGCCGGCACCUCCCCGCUGGCGCCAGCCGCAGACCCGCGGGUCCUGGCGUCCAGCCCCGCGGCGCGCUCGGCCACCAAGUCGCUGGCGGAGGUGGCGGCCAUGCCGCCCUCCGCGCACGUGCUGCUCUUCAACCGCGUGCCCAAGGCCGGCGGCGAGAUGCUGGUGCUGCUGCUGCAGUGGCUGCAGGGCCGCAACGGCUUCCGACACGUGCGCCUCGGCCCGGGCCCGCGCAGGAUGACCCGCUCACAGCAGGAAAGUCUUGUGGAAACGAUAAUGAAGACCAUACGUGAUGAAGCUGUCCCAGUUGCUUUCGAUCGUCAUGUGUAUUUUAUAAAUUUCACACUGUUUGAUAAGCAGUCUCCAACAUACAUAAACCUUGUUAGAGAUCCUGUGGACAAAGCAGCAUCAAGGUUUUAUUAUGCUAGAGUAACACCAGAUCCAAGAAAUCCUGAUUUGCAUUAUGCUCCUCCAAGGCUCAACAAGAAUUUCAUCAGCUCUAAUUUUGAUGAAUGUGUUGCACUUCAAGAUCCUGAAUGUACGUUUGAAACAGGGCAGCCAUAUGAUCUAACAAUACCUUACUUCUGUGGACAUGAGGAAUGGUGUAUGCAGCUGAACAACCGAAUGGCACUAGAGAAAGCCAAAGAAAAUGUGGAACACUUCUUUCCUGUUGUUGGUGUCCUGGAAGAACUGAAUGCUACUUUAGCUUCCUUGGAGAGCAAUCUUCCAUAUUUCUUUAAGGGUGUUCAAAAAAUGUAUUUUGAAGAAUUGCUACAACCACACAAAAAUAGGAAUCGAAAGAAACCACCAGAGGUUGCUCACAAAACUCGAAAGUGGCUACAUUCACAACUGGAGCUUGAAUAUGAAUUUUAUUAUUGGUUACGAGCAAGAUUACUGACUCAAAUACAGUGAUAUAAUGAUAAACUGUCAAAUUGCAGAUUGCAGCAUCAAUUUUAUAUAAAUGUGACCUGAACUGAAAUUUUAUACCAAAUGUGGUGUGCAAUCUCUGUAUUUUAUUGCUGAAUCAGCUAUUUUAUUUAUGACUCUACUUUCUGAAUAAUAAGUACAAAUUUAUUUAUGUAUAUUUUCAUCUAUUUGUAGAGUAUUUUUUAAUUCAGUGUGCUGCAUUAUGCUUGUAGCUAGUGUACACCUCUUGCCAGAUGUUAGAUGGACUGGUUGUUUCCUGUGUGUAACUGUUAUCAGGUGUCCUUCAUGGAACAUAUGAUGUGUGAAUGAUCUACGAAGAAAAUUUUUCAUAAUUUGCAAAUAGUUAUGUUUUAAUUUUAAGGAUGUCUGACUUACCAUGUUUUAAGUCCCUUUGAUACCAUAUAUAUCAAAAAUAGAAAUGCUAAUUUCUACACACAGAUUGUGAAAUGUUUGCAUAUAAUUUGGUUGCACGUUAUUCAAUGAGAAGAAUAGUUGUAAAUAUGUAACAUAAUUGUUGUAUGUCAGGGCAAUAAUAUUGUACUUGCAUUACAAUUGUAACUUGCCAGUAUGAAUAUAAAAUCAUUUAUAGUUUCGUCA